GCCAGGUCUCGCCUCAUACGUGGGCUUCAGUGCUCACAGCAACGCAAACUGCGCUUAUUUAGAUACCCUGCUCAUACCUCAGCCGCAAAAGAUGGCUCAGUACCACGUAGCCGUCGUGCUAGACACGGGUGCUGCCACAGCCAUGCGAUUGACAGAUGCGGAAAGCGUGGCCAAACGCCUGCUGACGCGUUUUGCUGACGCGGGCCUCGAGACGGCACGCGUCAGUGGCGCUGAUGACCGCUCGGUCAUUCUCGUGCGCCUCCCCGACGCCGAGGCCGCACGCGUCGCUGAGGCGUACGGUGCUACGGCACCAAUCGAUGCCGCAGCCCUCCAGCGGCGCGCGGCGGCGAGCAGCACGUAUUUCUGCGGCGACGCGUCUCUCGGCAAGACGCGGGGAGAACGGGGCUCGUGCCGCCGACUCCUCGGAUCUAUCUUCGGUUUCGGCGGCGGCAAGGGCGCACGCAAUCCGUACGCCUUUCUACACGCCCCCUACAAGGCUGCGCUCGCACCGCUCCUCGCGAGCGACGCGCUCGAAGACCCGCUGCGCGUGGCGCUCGCCUGGCGCGCGGCCGGCGCCGCGGCGGCGGUCGACGAAGGCAACGGUGCGCCGUGGGCAGGCCUGCCUUCGCUCGUCGCUCGCGGAGAUGCCGUCGCAGCGUUCCCGCUGCACGACGAGGGACGGCGCGCGGCCUUGGCGGAGGCGGCGAAGGACGGCGUGCACACCGUGUGGAGCCGCUCCUACGGGCGCUUCGCGGAGCGGGACCUCGCGCGGUAUUUUGGCUCGAGCGUCGCCUUUUACUUCUGCUGGCUCAGCCACUACGCGAGCUGGCUGCGCUACCUCGCCGCGGCGGGCCUGGCCCUGGUCGGCGUCGUCGCGUGCGCGCCGGCGGGCCCCGUGAUCGCGUUCGCGCGGCUCGGAGCGGCCGCAUUCAUGGCGGUAUGGUGCGCGCUCCUCUGCCGGUCGUGGCACGCGCGCGAAGGUCGGCUCGCUCUACGCUGGGGCACGCUGGCGGCGGCGAAGCUCCGCGGCGUGCGGCCGCGCGCGACGCGAGCGGCGUUUCGCGGUGCCGCCGGCGCGCUCGACCCGGUCACCGGCCGCGCCGAUCGGUCCUACUUCCCGGCCUCGGUACGCGCCCGGCGGCGCUUCGUCUCGCGGAUCCGCCUCGCGUUUGACGUGUUGAUCGCGCUAUUGAACGUCGUAUUCUGGAAGGCCGUGCACGUGCGCCUUCGCGCCGCUGGUCUGCCCGGAGUUAUUGCCACGGUCGGAAACGCCGUCGCCGUUUUCUUCCUGAAUGAACGAGCCAUGGACACGGCGACGAGGCGCGCCGACGCGGAGAACCACGCCCUCGACGCCGACUACGACAGCGCCAUCUUCGAGUACGUGCUGGCGUUUCGCGUGAUCAACUCGUACGCCCAGAUCUUCUAUGUCGCGUUCGUCCAGCGCGCGCUCGAGGGCGGUUGCGGCCACCGCGACUGCUUCGCGGCCGUGGGCCACACGGCGGUCGUCUUCUUCGCCGUGCAGCUGACGCUCGGGAAUUUCCUCGAGCUCGGCCCGGCGACACGCGCGGCUGCGGCGGCGGCAGCGGCAGCGCCGAGCGGCGACGCCGCAGCCACCGCGGCUCGGCAAUACGCGCUCGCGGAGUCGCCGGACGUCGACACGCUCGACGAUUAUUUAGAGCUUACCAUCCAGUUCGGCUACUGCGUAUUGUUCUUCGUGGCCGCGCCGGUGGCGCCAUUCCUCGCGUUGCUGAGCAACGUGCUCGAGGCCAAGGUCGAUCUGCUCAAGCGAGUCGCGAAGCGCCGACCGGUUCCGACCUUAGAUGCGACGACGAUUCAGAGUUAUACCAGUGCGUGCCUGGCGCUUGGCGCCGCCGCCGUCCUCACGAACGCGGCGCUACUCCUUUACGUCGCACCGGGUGGCCGAGACGUUCUGAACUCGCAGCCGCGCGCCGUCGCCAUCGUCCUCGCCUCCAUGGUUGCCGUCGCUCGCUUCGCGUACGCCGGCCGCGGCAAGCUGCCCGGCGACGUCGAGCUCCAGCUCCAACGCAACGAGUACGUCCUCUCCACGGACGCGAAAUUGCUGUCGCCGGUCGAGCGCGCGGCGCCCGGGCGCGGGGAGCCUUGA